AUGUUAAGCAUACAUUGCUACUUCGAGGCAACUGAAUCAGUCUCGGUUGUGAUCUCCGGCUCCUCUUUCGGCACCCUUGUCUAUCCAUUAUUUUUGAGUUUAGCCAAGGAAAACGAUUCUCGCCUCUUCGUCGCCAUCAGUUUUUUCUCGACUCUUCUCCUCGUUUUUCUUUUCGUCUCCAUGUUGAACUCGCAAGCGCAAUCCGAAAGAACAAAAGCAACACAAGACCGAGUACAGGCCUUCAUUUCUCGUUUCUUUUCUGGUGACACAACAACUUCUUCUCUUCGACGAGCUCCAUCAAUUAAACCGCUCAUUUCUCGACUUCGACCGAUGUCAUAUAGAAGAUUCCGAAACGCGAAUCGAUCCGCUUCUCCAGAGGUGCCGAAAAUAAAAGUAACGCUUGAGAAAGAGCCACAAGUUCAGUUCAAU